CAGCCAUUCUUCAACCGUCACGCUCACCUCGCGAGGGAACCGGCGGGCAGCGGCUCCACGAGAUCUGCGACGGCACGGCUCCAUCGACGACCAGGAUGGACAACCAGUUCAACUCCGAAGAGUGGUCGCUCCCUGUAGCCUCAGCCAUGAUGGAACUUGAGAAGUACAACCUUACCGGUGCAUUUACUGGAUCAAUGCAUAACAUGGGUGUACCAAUUCAGCCUGUGAACCUUGCUAUUAAUGCAGCAUCUCGUCAUCAUCCCACUGAGGACCCAGAGGUUCAAGAAGUCGACAAGAGUCAAGUCUCAAACAACAAGGGAAAGAAGAAGGUUGCCCAACGAGGAAAGUCAUUCACCAAGGAGGAAGAUAGAGCAAUUUGCUCAGCGUUUUUGCAUGUUAGCACAGAUCCUAUUGUAGGAACUAACCAAUCUGCAGCUGGGUAUUAUACAAGAAUGCAUCGACACUUCAUGGAGAACAUUGGAGUGGGUAGUAAUAGGACUAAGGUUUCCAUAGAAAAUCGGUGGACCACAAUUCAGAAGGCCGUCAAUAAAUUUUGUGGUUUCUUUGCUGCAAUUGAAAGAAGGAAUGAAAGCGGCAAGAAUGAGCAGGACAGGAUCUACUUCGUGCUCCCCGCCGAGAUGCAGCGCCGCCGCCUCACGCGCGCCAUGGUCACUGCGUCCAUGGUCAUGGCCAGCUCGACGCUCGUCAAGGCCGCCGCGGUCGCCCAGCCAUCCUCGCCCUUUCACCAUCGCCGGCGCGGCGUGGUGGCGCCGCUCGUGUUCCCGGUUGAGGAACUCACCGAGGAGGCGCUCCCGGUCUCGAGGAGGAGUAUGCCGUUCUGUCUCCUUCCCUUUCCGUCCGUCUCGUCGACCCCCUCUCCCAAGGGCGGCUGCGGCAAGGACCGCUGCGCCUUCAGCCACGCCACGAGGGCGUCUUCCUCCUCCUCUGGUCCUCCUCUAUAG